AUGUUUCUAAGAUGUGAAUAUUUUAAUGGAUAAGCGCUAUGCCAUUCUGUAUGAUUUUGGAUAAAUAUUUUAAUUCAGUUCCUAAGACUGCUUAUUUGAUAAAAGGAGUUAGUACAUAUUAUGGAAUGUCAUUGUAUUUGUAGAAUUUUUUGACAUAAAACAAUUGAGUCAAAGGCUGUAUAAAAUAUAAAUUAAAUUCAAAUUCAGUGUGAUGAAAUAGAGGAGAUUGGCCUUAGACAAGUUGCUUCUAUAUUUUAGGUAGCUAGAUGUUAGAUACAGACAAGUGGAUCAGUUAAAACCCAGUCUGUGAAAAUCUUUUUUUUAAAGAAUGGGUAAUGUUAUUACUAGGUAGUUCCUCACAUGAUUGCAUUUAAUUAAUGAUCUCGUAAAAAUAAUUACACGUAAAAUUUUUGUGUAUAUAAGUGUGGCUGUUGUGCAAAUCGAAGUACAUCUGGUUUCUGAGAACUACAUGUUUAUAUCCUAUUGGACACACACAUAAUUGUAAACAAUCUUUGUAAAGUUCUAGAUUGUUUCCAGAGUAAAGUAAUUGCCGCAAGGUCACUAAGCUGAGACUCUUUGGAAGCCCAUUCCCUCAUGUCAUGUUACCUGUUUUAAUAAACUGAGUUCUACUGUUUGGGUGGAUUAUUUUUAUCUGAGUAUCAACUCAAAUAGGUUCUAGUCCGAGUAUUAAAUAUUUAUUAAUACUAUUUCAAUUUCCCAUGUAAGUCUGUGAUUUCAUUUACUUAUUUAGUGGAGAACGUUGCAAGUAGUUAGAUUUCGCUUUGGAAUAAGCUACUCAUGACCAUGACUCUAUUUAGAAAUGAAAGAUAUAUGUUUUGAUGUAUUUUAUCUGGAACAAUAAAACAUGAAAAAAGUCCAUAUAAUUAGGUCAUCCAUUUUAUAAAUAAAAAGAACGAAAGUUUAAUAAAAGAAUGUACACAUUGUAAUCCAUUUAGCCAUUUGGGACUGGAAGCUAGUGCUUUGAGUUGGGAAUUUAAGGAUAAUGCCUUUUUGAUUUUGUCUAACCACCGCCCCCCAACCCCACCUCUUUUUAAACAGUAAGAUAAGAUGCCUAACUAGGGUAUAGAUUUAUUAUGAUUUUUAAAGCUGAGUGCACCUGAUAAACAGAUCAGUCAGCAGAGGUACUAUGCACUAAUACCUCUGGACUUUACAAGGGAUGAGAUUUGCACUGGAAGAGCUUAUAACUGAUUGCCAAAUUUGAAAUUUCAUUUGUGGACUUAACUUGUAGAAAUGGUUAAUUAAUUGAACAAAUCUGUCUAUAGUUUUAUAUCAGCCUUACAUUGGAACAGUAUAUUACUGUUUUAAGUAUAUUUUAUCUAAUACUAUGUUAAUUGUAAUACUAAGCUGUAGGCUGAUCGCACUUCCUAUUUUAAACUUAUUUUUCUCACUCUCUACCCUAUUCGGGCACCUUUGCAUGUGCAGACCUUAAUCCCUUCCUUUCUUUUUGAACCCAGUGCUUCUAUAUUCAUUAUUUUUUCCAGUAAUUGAUCUGCAGGGUUGAUGAGGGAAUUAAAAUAGUGGAAGAAUGUAAGGUAAAUGCUUCCUCCUGUGUUUCUCAUAUUAUUAUUUAAGAUUUUACAACAGUGGAAGGUUGAAACUGACUUUCUUUGAUUUGCUUUUUUUGAUAGAUGAUUUGUCCUACUCCAUAUAUAAUGCCUGGAACAUAUUACUUAUGUGCUCAACAUGUGUUUGAGCACCAUUGACUUUUUAAUGGCCAGUACAAUGAAGUAAUUUUGAUUCAGUUUGAUUGAUGCCAGAUCUGUAAGGUAUUUUUAUGUGGAAUAUGUAGUUUUCUGUGAAAUGAAGAAUCUCAUUUGUCCAUUUCAUUAUUUUCUUAUAUUAUAAUUCUUCGUGUAUUUAACACAAAUGAGUCUCUAAUUGAGGCAGAAUUUUGAAUGUAGGGAACAUAAGAAUGAAUGAGACAGAGAUGAUUCUGACUUUCAUGGAGCUUAUAGCUUUCCUGUGGAAAUAGAUAUUAUACAGAAUGAUGACUUACUUAGAGUUGUCACUAGUAUUACCAAGGAAAAAGACAGUGUGUAAUGAGUACACACAAUAUGGGAUCCAUUACCUUGUCUUUGGAGUAUGUGGAAAAGUAACAGGUAAGCCAAGACUUAGGGUUGAGGCAGCAGGGGCGUGUGGGGAGGAAAAGGGAUGUGUGUCUGUGUCUGUGUGUUAGAGGUAGAGGCAGACAUUAGGAACAGCCUGGAGGCAGCAGGUUAUUUUGAAUACAUUAGAUGACUCUUAUAUUUUAAAAUCAUGCUAAUUUGCACUUCUUUAUAUUUACUUACCUCCUUAUGUAUUUCAAUGAAUUUUUUUUAAAUGCCUUUUUGAGGGCAAUAUAUUUAUGCCUUUAAUGACAAGAUCGCAUUUCAUUAUAUGGGAAAAUGCCAUGUCUUAGAACUAUUUUAAUGAAUUGCUUGUCAGCCACAGAGUAUGAGUUGGCAAAGAACUUCUCUUAGAGAAAAUUGAAAGAAUUGAAAACAUUUGAUGAUUUACUAAUAUUUUCUGGUCCAGCAAAACUUUUCCAACAAUUUAAAUUCAAAUAUAAAUUAUUAGAGAUGUUAGUUGUUUUCUACUGUGCCUACUGUGUCACUGUUAACUAAUAAAUAAGAGAUUGAUGUUUUUAAACCUGUUUUACAGGAUUUACAAGCAAUUGCAAAAUACUUUAUAAAGGCAUGUUUAAUUUGAUAGUAGUGGUCUUGAUUAGGAAGAGGAUGAAUCUGGGAGAGUUUUAAAUUCUGAAGCUGAGGAUUCUAUUCCAAGAAUACUCUGAGUAUUGACUACUAUAUUUUCUUAACUUUUUUCUUAAUAUAGUUAAUAGGAAAAUGGAAUUGAAAUUCACUCCUCAUUUGUAUGGCUAUUUUAAUAAUUGUUAAAUUUAGUAAUAUAAUGUUGUUCCAUACACUUAUACUGAGCAUUAUCUAUGUAAAUUAUUCUUCAAAUAAUUUAAAACAUAUAUAUUCAAAGCAGAGUAAAAUGCUAUUAUAAUUGGAAGGGGCCAAAAGACUUUCUUGACCACAGGAGUGAUUAAGUGUUGGGAUAAACUACAAGCAAAGUUGUGUAAUCUCCAUUCUUCACAUAACAUCUUAACAUUGGAUCACCAGUUACAGAAGUGCUGCCUUAUUUUUUAAAACUUUUAUAAGUAAACAUACCUGUUAUUGUCCAUGGAUGUUGAUCAGACAUGGAGCUAGAACAUACAGUCCUAGCUCUGCCACUUACUAGGUAGAUGACCUUGGGCAGAUCACUUGCUCUUUCUGAACCUCAGUUUCCUCCAGGUUGUUAUAAAGAUGUGUAAAGAAGGAUAAAAUAGGUACAUAAUUACUGUUCUCUCUUCCUUCUAAGUCUACUUCAGAAAAUAAUAAAUGUUAUGAACUUGUUGCUAUGGAUGCUUUUUUUAAACCUUAUUCAAAGGGGGAUGGGUAGUGUAAAAGAGACUAUUUGUUUGAAGCUUGACUACUUUCCUUCUACCUUUGAAAAUUAUUGCUGUUUUUGCUUUUAACUCAGACCCUGUUGCAAGCAGUUGCUAUUUUAAGCACUUUUGAAUUAAGUGAUGUUUUUAAGAUAUGUUUUGCCUGGUGAUGUCAUGUGAUGGUGUGUACAGUAACAUAAAGUGUCCCUAAAAGUUCUGAGAGCACUGGUUACCUCUGGUGAAACUGCUUGUAUUUUUAGGUUUCUCCCUUAGUAACAGUCAAGCUUGUAACCUUCAGCAUGUGAGAUCAACUCAGUCUAGUUCCUGCAAAAUAAGAAAGCUACAGCUGUUUUCACAAUCUAAUCACUCAGUAAGAUUUGUCGUAAUUCUUAAUAAAGUUUUUCUUUAAAUGUCUGGUUAAUUUACAAAUGUUUGUCAUUAGUCUUUUAUUUCUAUAUGACUAUUUUAGUAUGUCUGUUUAUAUAUUUCUAUACUUAUGUCUAAAAUUCAUGAAGAUAAACAUUAAAAGUAUUCAACUCAUAAUUUGUAGUUUUUAACACAAUUAAAAAAUACAGGUUUGGCAUUGAAUAUGUACCUUGUCUUUCCUUUGACAUCAUUGAACACCAUAAUAUCAACUCGGAACUUUUCUACUGAAUCAAGAAAAGCUCUGUUGAUGAUGAUUCAGAUACACUUUUGUUAUUUUAGUUUGAGAAAACUCAUACCUCAACUGGAGAAAAAUAUAAUAGCAAUUGAGGACUAAUUAAUUAGUUACCUGGAGCCAAGAUAGAUUUUAUGGAAAAAUACGUCAGAGAGUUAACAAUCUCUUACGCACUGAGGUGAAGAAAACAGGAUAAGAAUCACCUUCCCAUCCAGAAAAUUCUUGUCUACUACAAUGUAAUUUAAUUUUGGAAAUGUUGAACUGAGUUGCCUGUGCCAUAUACAAGUAGAAAUAUAUCAUAAGUAAUCCAUUGUAGAGAGUGAAGAGGAGUUUGAAAGAGGAAUCUGGGCAGGAUGUAUAGACGGAUUUUCAGCUUAUGUAUGGUAAUUGAAACUUUUGGAGAAAAUGAGAACACCCAGGGAGAAUGUACAGAAUAAGCAAAAAAUGACACAAGCCCUGAAGAAAUGCAAUAUUUAAGUAAUUACUAUUGAGUGAUAGUUAAGAAGACUAAGGGUAGGAGAAAGACUGGAGUGACAUCAUGAAAAGUAAGAGGAUGUAAUAGUCCUAAAAUAAGGGAUUAGUCAUCACCACGUUACAAUGGCCAAGGAAGAUGGGGUCUGGAAAAAUAUGCUCUCCAGAUUUAGUACUGAGGUUCUCAGCAGAGCAGUUUUAAUAGGGGUAGUAAAAAUAGGGCCAGAAUAGAGAGUUAAAGAAUAUAUAGGAAAUUAGAAGUUUUUUGGUGGUUUUCAGCUUUUCUUUUGAAAGCUUGACCGGAUAAGAAAAAAAAAAUGGUGGUAAAGCGGGGAUAUUAUGUUAUUAUUUCAAUUAUUAUUAUUAUUAUUUGAGACAAGAGUCUCUGUCACCCAGGCUGGAAUGCAGGGGUGCACAGUCAUGGCUUACUGCAGCCUCAAUCUCCUGGGCUCAUUUGAGCCUCCUGCCUUGGCCUCCCAAGUAGUUGGGACUACAGGUGCAUGUCACUAUGCCUGGCUAAUUUUUUUGUUUUUGUUUUGUAGAGACAGGGUCUUGCUAUGUUGUCCAGGCUGGUCUUGAACUCCAGGCCUCAAAUGACCCUCCUAUCUUGGCCUCCCAAAGUGCUGGGAUUACAGAGCUGGACUGGCCAUUAUGGAGGAGGAGCUGCAGCAUUCCCAUUGUGUGAAUUGUGUCAGUAGACGGUGCAUGACCAGGCCAGAGCCAGGGAUUUCCUGUGAUUUGAUUGGUUGUCCAUUGGUUUGUGGUGCAGUUUUCCAUUCUUGUAAAGCUGAUGAGCAUCGACUUUUAUGUCCAUUUGAACGAGUGCCUUGCUUAAAUAGUGACUUUGGAUGUCCAUUUACCAUGGCCCGAAAUAAAGUUGCUGAACAUCUAGAAAUGUGUCCUGCAAGUGUGGUGUGCUGUACUAUGGAAUGGAAUCGAUGGCCAGUUAGUUAUGCAGACCGGAAAUCAUAUGAAAAUCUAAGCAGAGAUGUCGAUGAAGUGGCACAAUUGGAUAUGGCCUUGGCUCUUCAAGACCAAAGGAUGCUCUUAGAAUCCCUCAAAGUAGCCACCAUGAUGUCAAAAGCAACUGAUAAAGUAUCCAAACCUAGAGAACAAAUCUCAGUUAAAUCAAGUGUCCCAGAAAUACCACAUACUAAUGGUUUGGUGUCUGUUGAUGAAGAAUCUUAUGGUGCACUUUAUCAAGCUACUGUAGAAACAACCAGAAGUUUGGCUGCUGCUUUGGAUAUCCUGAAUACUGCUACAAGAGACAUUGGCAUGUUAAAUACAAGUGUCCCAAAUGACAUGGAUGAACAGCAAAAUGCGAGAGAAAGCUUAGAGGAUCAAAACUUGAAAGACCAAGAUCAUCUUUAUGAGGAGGAAAUAGGAGCAGUAGGUGGAAUUGACUACAAUGACACAAAUCAGAAUGCCCAGUCUGAACAAAAUGGUUCAAGUGAUUUAUUAUGUGACUUGAAUACAAGUUCUUAUGACACUUCUGCUCUUUGUAAUGGCUUUCCUUUGGAAAAUAUAUGUACCCAGGUCAUAGACCAGAAUCAGAAUUUACAUGGUGAUUCAAAACAAAGUAACUUAACAAAUGGAGACUGUGUGGCAUCAUCAGAUGGCACUUCAAAACCUUCCAGCUCACUUGCGGUGGCAGCACAACUUAGCGAAAUAAUACCAUCCAGUGCUUUGCCUAAUGGCACAGUUCAGCAUAUCCUCAUGCCAGAUGAUGAGGGUGAAGGUGAAUUGUGUUGGAAAAAAGUAGACUUAGGGGACGUGAAGAAUGUGGAUGUCUUAUCUUUCAGUCAUGCUCCUUCAUUCAAUUUUCUUUCUAAUUCAUGUUGGUCUAAACCAAAGGAAGAUAAAGCAGUAGAUACAUCAGAUUUGGAAGUUGCAGAAGAUCCUAUGGGCCUCCAAGGAAUAGAUCUGAUCACAGCAGCAUUGCUUUUUUGUCUAGGAGAUUCUCCAGGAGGGAGGGGUAUAUCUGAUAGCCGCAUGGCUGAUAUUUAUCACAUUGACGUUGGGACUCAGACUUUUUCACUUCCAUCUGCAAUAUUAGCUACAAGUACAAUGGUUGGGGAGAUAGCUUCAGCUUCAGCUUGUGAUCAUGCCAAUCCACAGCUUUCAAAUCCAAGUCCGUUUCAGACACUUGGGCUGGAUUUAGUAUUGGAAUGUGUCGCUAGGUACCAACCCAAGCAGCGUUCAAUGUUUACCUUUGUGUGUGGACAGUUAUUUAGAAGGAAAGAAUUUUCUUCCCACUUUAAGAAUGUGCAUGGUGACAUUCAUGCUGGACUCAAUGGCUGGAUGGAACAGAGGUGCCCUUUAGCUUACUAUGGUUGUACCUAUUCUCAGCGUAGAUUUUGUCCAUCAAUACAAGGAGCAAAGAUUAUACAUGACCGCCAUUUGAGGUCAUUUGGAGUUCAGCCAUGUGUAUCUACAGUAUUAGUGGAGCCUGCUAGAAACUGUGUGUUAGGAUUACAUAAUGACCAUCUAAGUAGUCUUCCUUUUGAGGUCCUGCAGCAUAUUGCAGGCUUUCUCGAUGGCUUCAGCUUAUGCCAGCUCUCAUGUGUAUCCAAGUUAAUGAGGGAUGUGUGUGGCAGCCUGCUUCAGUCUCGUGGCAUGGUCAUACUGCAGUGGGGGAAAAGGAAGUAUCCAGAAGGAAAUUCAUCAUGGCAGAUAAAAGAAAAGGUAUGGCGAUUUAGUACUGCAUUUUGUUCUGUUAAUGAAUGGAAAUUUGCUGACAUCCUAAGCAUGGCAGACCACUUGAAGAAAUGCAGUUACAAUGUUGUCGAGAAACGGGAGGAAGCAAUCCCUUUGCCAUGUAUGUGUGUGACACGAGAACUCACUAAAGAAGGACGUUCACUACGCUCAGUUUUAAAACCUGUACUUUAAAAGUUGUAAUAUUACUUGCACAUAUAUGCAAGCACCUAGUAUAAUUUCUUUGUAAUAUGUGAAACUUUAUUAAUGUAUUAAAUAUUACAACUAGCUAAAUUUAUUGUCACUGUGUAUAUAAUGUUUUGAAGUGACAUCUAUUUUUAUAAAGUACUGUUUAGUUGGAAAAAGUUGCCUUAAUGUUUGAAAUGUGUGAAAUUUUUGGAACUUGCUGGACAGGGUGAUUUAAUUUUUAGCUACAUAAUUUUAAGAAUUAGUAUUUUCAGUGGUGUGCAUAUUUUGGUUCUUAAAUUUUUGCUUCUUAAACUAAAAAAUCCUGACCAAUUUAUUUGUUGUUUUCUGUGGGUUGCAACCCAUGCAAUCAAAAAGCAAAAUUUUGAUUCAGAUUUUUUACAGCAUAGGUUUUUCAUAUAAAAAUAUUCUGAAUUUGUUAAGCACUGCCAUAAUAUCAUUAUAAUGUUUUUGUCUUUUAGUGCUUCCCUAUACAAUUGUUAAUGCACAAAUGAUCUCUAAUAUAUACUUACAUACGUAAAAUCAUAAAGUUUGGUAAUGCAGUUUAUCAUGUUUUAAAAAUAAUCCACAAAGAUGUUUUUAUCUCAUAUACUUACAACUCAACACACAGAGUGACCAUGUGCAGCUUUCUUUUUUGUUAGAUGCCACAUCCGAAGACUCAUCGCAAUGUGUUAUAUGACAGGACAAAGCAAAAACAAACAAAAAGCAAGCCUGUGAAUAUAAUUUAAUUUGAAACUGCUCCUGGUAUUAUAUAUUUGCUAGUUAUCUAAUGUUUUAAAAGAAAAUAUACCUCAUUUUAAGUUUGAAUUGGGCGUAUUGUGUAAAUUUCAAAUAUUCAGAAUGCAAAGGGCUUGACUAUUAAAUGUUUGCCUUUUGAUGUUUAUAAACAUUACAACUAUGUUGUUUUAAGACAUUUAAAAACGUGAAAUUUGUUAUCUUUGUAAAAUGACAAUCAUGUAGAAACCUGUCUUGGUUGACAAUCUCUUUGAAACAUUUCCAAGUUAAUUUCCCAUAGGCUUCACCACCAAGAAAGUAAGAAUUGCAUCUUUGCAUAAUGAUCAAGGUAUAAUGGAAAAAUAUAACUAUUCUUGAAGUAGUUUAUUAUAGUUUUCAAAUUGAUUUAUACCAUUAUUAACCUGAUGUGGUCUGCUUAAAAAAUGAAUAUAUCAGUAUUUAGAAAUAAAUUGCAAAGGUGGGGAUAUAUACUUAAAUAAUUUGUCUUAAGUAAAUUAGCAUUUGGUAGUCUGAAAUGGUGACAGAUUACUUGUUAAAAUUGUGAAAACUCUGUUGUGUCCUCUCUUCCUACAUUUGUCCCUGAAAGUACUCCACAAUUACUAGGUUCUUGAUUCCCUUAUAUGGCAAUCAGGCAGAGGCGUUCCUUGGGCAUUAGAGAGUUCUGAAGCUUAAGAUUUGUUUUGGUUGGAUCAAGUCCUUAGUACAGUUGAAAAACAGAGCAUUAAAGACUAAUCAAUUGUUUUGCCUCACCAGUCAUUUUAAAUAGUAGAAUACUUAUUUCUCAGUGCUUAAAAUUUCUUUUUCAACUGUGAGAUUGAAUAAACAGUCUCUAUUUCUGUGGAAAAAACAACAGAAAAAAGACACUAAAUACCAUAAAAUGUAACUCUGCCUUUUAAAGUUUUGCUGAAGAAUGUGUCUGUGGUUAGGAUAGCACAAGCAUUAACUUUUGUUUUAUAGUUAUGCUUUUUAAAAUUCAUUGUUUUUAAAUUUAGACUUCUUAUUUCCACAUUGGAUUAUGAGAUACUUAACAAUUUUUCCACCUUAUAUUUCUUUUACACAUUUUGCUGUUCUUUUUUGUUAUUGUUAUGCCACCAUACCAUUUUGUUAAAAUGUUUUCUUUGUGAAACAUUUGUUCAAGUUCUAAUAAAAUUAAUGUUUUCCCUUAACAUGGCUCAAUAACUUAAAAAGUUCAUUUAAAUAAAAUUUUAAUACUUGUUUGACAAAUUCCAACACAA